ACGCCUUUCAAAAGCGCAAAGUAUCCAGCUUAAUUGGAAUUGUUUAUCAUCAACUCCAGUGAGACUAAGGCGGAAUUUACGAAUCCCCUUCUUUGUCUAUAGGAGAGCCAUCGGGCGAUCUAUAGAGCUAACGAGGGAUUCUUGCGCUUAAAAACCCCAUCCAAGCUCCCCAAACCAACCUCCCAUAUAGAUUCUAGCUGACUCAGGGAACCUUAUAAAGAACACAGCUGAAGACCGCCAACCUAACGUACGAACAUACACACUGAGCUGAGGAGACUGAGCUAUUGCGAAAUUGGGGUAUUCUCCAAGACUUAGAAUCUCACAACCCACGGCAACGCCUACACACAGGCUGAGGGGAGGAAUUGACAAAAUUACAAUAUUACGACAAAGAACCGACGCCAUAUCUGCCGCGCAUCAUCAUGAUGCCGCCAAAAUUAGAUAUUAGCAACAAGAUACAACAGUGCUGGGAGUGUCUCCGCCGUGGUCUGAUUUGCGAUGGCCAUCGCCCUAUCUGCGACUGUUGCCGCUCGUCUGGUAUAGUGUGUCCUGGAUGUGAAGAUCGUCGACCUCUCAUUUGGGUUACUCCAGGCUAUGUUACUGUGACACGCAACCGAAGGGUCAAAGUAGCCUCUGCUGCGGCAUCGAAGCCUGCUAUAUCUCAAAAGUAUCGCCUCCAGACGGGCCAACAGCUGUUAUCACCUCCUUCGGAGCUGAGUCUAAUAGAAUCUAAAUCCAGUGCGCUAUCCAGCGUAAUGUCGAGAUCUGAUAAGAUUACUGAAAAGAAAUUUGAUUCAAAAUCGACCAUUAGAGGGAAUAAAACUAGAGGCAACGAAAUAUAUGACAGGGGCAGGAACAACGACGAAGAUGAGCACAUGAGCGAAAGCGGCCGGACACUCUCAUCUUCAAAUAUCAUCAUACCUCAAACUCGAGUUACAAGCCUGAGUCUUGUCUCUCAGGAUCGGCGGUGGAGCAGAUUAAUCCAGAACCAGAGAAUCCGUUCUAUACCUCGCAGCCUAUACUCGUUUGAGCUCGAACUUGAGGAAGCAGUAGAUUACUAUAAUUGUCAAGUAUUUCCGAUAGUUAACUCCAACCAACUCUUCCCAAACAUAUAUUCCAAGCCCUUCGACAUACAUCGACUGUCUCAGCUUGUGCCCUCCAAUCGUCACUCUCUUAUUUCUCUGUCAAUUGGCUACCGUAUUCUAGCCCUUACUCAAAUUCAUCGCCUUAGCAUCAAUCCCCAUAAUGCAGGUCCUGCAAGCGACCUGUGGACGUCUUUCUUUCGUCAUGUCGGCCUAGCUCUGACUUCCCUAAAUAAUGAGAUCCGAGAUGACCCUGAUUAUUAUUUGGCCAAUGUUUUUCGCAGCAUUCAUUUAAUAGCUAGUUCAGAGCUUUUCUUACUCAACUCACCUCAUUGGAGGGCGCAUGUCACGGGCUUCCUAUCUAUUCUCCAACAGGGAGGCGGCCUUACAACUUCUAUGCAGAGGCCGGGUAAUUCAAAAUUUAUCAUACUAAGUUUUUUGAUCGCUUGCGUCGUGGUCAAUACAACCAGUUCGGUAGAACAUCAGAUUAUUGAAGCAACAUACCUCGACCCCAAAGAGUUCUACAAUCUCUACAGCGUGAGCAUAUAUCCGCCAUUUCUCUGUCCGCCCAAUCUAUUUCUCGAUGUUCUCUAUGUAAACCGUUUGCGGUUGCGGCUACCAACAACUUCGGCCAUAUACUCUCUACCGUCGACUCAGGUGACUCUAUGCGAUAUUAUGAAGCGUAUACAUGAUUUUUCUGCCAUUGGCUGGAUUGAAUCAUCCGGGUUUCCCAAUCGCGACGAAUUUCUACUAUUGUCAAACAUCUUUCAAGCCGCUGUAGCUUUAUACGCCGCUCUUACACUACCUUGCGCAUUGAAAAUUCACGUGGAUAAGUCGUGUGCGGAUCUUAAACAGACAUAUCGGGCUCAACUCUUCAAUACUCUGAAAGCGGCGAUUGGUUCACCAGUUCGAAUGCACACCAUUUACUGGCCAGUGGUGGUGGCCGGCGUGGCUGCGUUGACCGGGACCGCAGAGGAGCGGAUACUUGUUGAAGAACAUCUUCACAUGGGAAUUGGUGAUCCUUACUCAGGUCCGGGGUCGUUAAAGGCUUUGGAGAUAUUAAGAAAGGCUCGGGCGUCUGGACAAACUGAGUGGAAUGAUUGUUUUAGCGAGCCAAAUGUUAUCUUAUUUUCGCUAUAGAUUAAGGCUUGAACACAAAUCUAUGCUGGUAAUCUUAGCAGGAUUAAUCUUUC